AUGGCACACCGAAAAUUGCAGCAGGAAGUGGACCGAGUGUUCAAGAAGAUCAGCGAAGGGCUGGAGAUAUUUGACGCAUACUAUGAGAGACAUGAGAACUGUACGAACAACCCUUCGCAAAAGGACAAGUUGGAGUGUGAUUUGAAGCGAGAAGUGAAAAAACUGCAGCGACUGCGGGAACAGAUCAAGUCCUGGCAAAGUGCGCCCGAGAUCAAAGACAAAGACUCACUGUUAGACAAUAGGCGAUCUGUGGAAGUUGCAAUGGAAAAAUACAAGGCAGUCGAAAAGGCGUCCAAAGAAAAGGCGUAUUCAAACAACAGUCUGAAACGGUCCGACAACUUGGAUCCACAAGAGAAAGAACGACGCGAUGUUUCUGAAUACCUAUCACUGUCGAUAGAGGAACUAGAACGACAGUACGACUCUGUUCAAGUUGAGGUUGACAGGCUGAUACUUCUCAACAAGAAGAAAAAGACAGCUACUGCCGCCAACGAGGAACGCAAAAACCAACUCAAAGACCUACAAGGCAGAUUCAGGUGGCAUUUACAGCAAAUGGAGCUGGCACUGCGGCUUGUGGAAAAUCAAGAACUGGACCCAGAGGAUGUUAAGAGUAUAAGAGACGAUAUCAACUAUUACGUCGAGUCGAACAUGGAACCCGAUUUUGUGGAGGACGAAACCAUUUACGAUAACCUGAACUUAACUUCAAAUGAAGCUAUAGCGCACGAGGUUGCUGCCGCAUUUGCAGCUCAGCAUAAUGAGGAACUUGAGGAAGACGCUGCAAAGGAAAAUUCUAAAUUAUCCAAAAAAGAGCAACGAAAAGUGGAAAGAGAAGCCAAAAAAGCAGCCAAAUCAUCUACGAAAAGUGGGUCCCCUCAUGUUGAGCACAUUCCUGCGCCCACUGGGAUCGUAAUACCCCAGCGAAGCGAAACGAGACAUAAUGAAAUUCAAAGCGAACCAGCAUCGGUCAGCCCAUCACGAUCACCGUCCCCUGAUGUUUCUUCAGCAGGUACAAGUAUACCAGCCACUGCCCAUGCCAAGCUGCCGGCUACUCUCCCGUCUUCAACAGGAUCUACUACAAUCCAGCCAAAAUUACGCAGUCUAUCAAGGGAGUUUUCGCCAGAAUCUCAAGGCCAUACUCAUAUUCAUCAAUCUCUUAAUGGUAUAACAACAGCGAGCACUUUAAAACCGGCAACGAUACCAAUAAGACCAGCUGGUGACCUAAGGUGGGCCGCUGCUGCCUCACAGGCAGUGGAGAAGGAAAAAAAGCUAGAGACAUUAAGCUUUUUCCAAGCUGCAGCAACAUCAAAUACUUCAUCAACUACAAAUAGCACAGUACCAAGUGCCUCAAACACUCCUGUGAUCCCAACGUUACCACUAGUUCCAGCAGUUCAGAAGAAAUCCACUUCAUCUUCGAACAUAUUAACUUCCGUAGUAUCACCUGGACUCAUACCUCAAAUUACACCACAAAUACCAAUGAUCAAUGGCAAUUCCGCUUAUACAUUAAUGCAAGAAGAGGCUACAUCGAAGGGUCAAUCCGUGCCUCUACAAGCUUCACAAUCAGGAUUAAUUGAAGACGAUUAUGAGUCUGAUUACUCUGUUGAAGACUUUGAAGACAUCGCGGACCAAAAACUUUUCACCGCAGAAGAGCUAGACAGUAAAAGUAAGGAGGUUAGCCUUCUCAAAAAAAUCGUAAGCGAGGAUCUGGAAUUGCUUGUUCUUCCAAGUGGGAUACAAGAUUUUAUUUUGAGUUCUGCUAUGUCGCAAAAUGGCGUGUACGAAUAUAAAGUAAACUCCGGUCAACAGCGGACAAUAUGCGACUCUUGCCACAUAUCGAGACUCAACGAUAUACCCGCUACUGCAAGUCCCCCUUCUCCUCUAGAUGCGUAUCGCUCGACUAACUUCUGGGACGUUACUCGGUGUGGGCUUCGAAAGGAGUUGCAAAACUUGAGGAAAGAUGGGGUUUUAGAUUUCAGUCUAAUUUUGGACAAAUUUCGGGGUUUGGAAACAUUUUCACUAUUCUAUUGUUACUAUUAUUCAAUUACACCUCUGGAGCAAAAGAUUGCGUAUGCCUUGCUCACUGAGCGUAGCUGGAAAAUAUCUCAGUCCGGGGAAAACUGGUACUGUCGACAUGGAUUGCCCAAGUUUACCAAUGAGGUGUAUGAGGUUGCUGACUUCAAGAUCUUCAGCCUGGAUGAUUGGGCCGUUAUUGACAAGUUGAACUACAAGUUGAAUUAUGCUAAUUUGAGAGAGCCAGCAGCUCCUGACUUUGACAGCAGUCAAGCUCAAGCCGAGCAAUUUCAAAGCGACGCCCAAGUCACAAAUUCAGUAGCCGUGUGA